CGGCCACCACGGUGAGAGACUGGAUGGUCAGUUGUCAGCUCAAAAAUGACAUGAAAAAGCAGCCAUAAUUUAUUGGUGCUGCUUUUUGAUUAAUGUCUGCAAGUUGGCUGUCAAAAAGUGGGUUUCUUGGCAGAUCCCAGUUUGCCCGGAGGCGGACAGCCAUGGCCGUGUUGCUGUGACUUAGCUCCUGGCGGCCGGUUCUCUUCAUUCCUAGUUUCCGAUCCAAGAUCGGCCUCGCUCACAAUGAACCGGAACCUUUUCCUCUUCUGCUCAGUGUUUCUCCAGGUUCACCGUGUCCCACAAUAGCUGGAAAAAGGAUUGCAGCUGUACACGACUUUCAGUCCUAAUGUAGCCUUUGGAAGGUGCCUUGAGUCAGCCACAUUAAGCUUUAAGAGGGGCCACACCUGAGAGUUUGUUUUCAAGAGGGAGGGAGAAGGCAAAAUCAAGAAAGGUAUUUAAGGCUGAAGACUACAGAUGAUGGAAAGAAAUUGUUGGAGAUGUCUCUGGGUCAGCUCCUGCGGCGUGCAUCUUCGAAAGCCUCUGACCUUCUGACCUUUAAUCAGUCAAGUGGAUCCUCCAGAAUUUUGGAUGGUGAAAUUAUUUACUCAAAAAACAAUGUUUGUGUCCAUCCAUCCGAUGUGCUGCGAGGUCUUGGAGAACACCACCCAGGAUAUUUAUGCAUACAUUUAGAAAAGGAUGAAUUGCUGGGAACAACGCUUAUUAUCACCUGGAUCCCAAACACCCGUAUCCAAAGACAAGAUGAAGAGGCUUUAAGAUACAUCACACCAGAAAGUUCUCCUGUGCGGAAAGUACAGCGUAGGAGAUGCCGGCAUACACACGCAUCUCUUGCGCAUCAACCUGUGAGCGCUUCAGGAGAAAAACAAGAAUUGGUUCCACCAGAGGAUGAUGAGAUAAUAAGUGUGUCAGAGGACAUGAUUAAUUCCAUGCAUAUUGGGUCACCAAGAUCAGAGCAGAGCACACCACUUGAUUCACUCACUUUGCAAAUCUCCGACAGUACACUGAAACAAGCCCAUUGUCACCCCCCAAUUUCUUCAACAGUAACAAGUCAGGAUGAGCAGAAAGAGCUGGAUAUUCCUGCAGAAUGUGAGGAUGAGAUUAAUUCUAAGAGGGAGCAAGGAGAAGAUGAAGCAUCGUAUGAUCUAACCACUGAUGAUGUCAGUCGGGACAGCACCAUUGGCUCAGAUUCUGAUACUUUCUCAAGUCCAUUAUGUUUGUCUCCAGUUGGUGACCCUCUGGCAGAAAGUAGCAGAUCUGUAUUUCUUGAUGCAGAAAACAGAGAGAUGUGCGAAGAACAUAUGGCUAAUUUGGCGAGCUCCAUCUCAGACCACUCUUCUGAUGCACAGUACACUUUACAGUUUUCUGAGAAUUAUACACAACCGCACAGCACAAAAUGGGAAGAGCAGCAGAAGGUGUUGGCACUUGAGCAGCUCUAUGGUGUUUUUAGAGUUGAUUUGGGCCAAAUGCGAUCACUUCGCCUUUUUUUCAGUGAUGAAGCAUGCACGUGUGGACAACUAGUCAUUGCUAGCCGUGAAAGUCAGUACAAGAUUUUCCAUUUUCAUCAUGGUGGUCUUGAUAAACUUAGUGAAGUGUUUCAACAGUGGAAAUAUUGCACUGAAACGCAUCAAAGGGAUCAGGUGUCUGAUGUAAAGGCUUGCAUGCAGUUCUCAAUAAAACGCCCUCAUUUGCCAUCAUCGGAGAUUCACCCGGAAGAGAAUAUGUAUAAGCGAUUAGAUGUCACUACAUGGUUAAACCAUCUGAAUGAUGCUGGCCAAGUGGAAGAGGAAUAUAAACUUCGCAAGGCAAUAUUUUUUGGAGGUAUUAAUCCUACAAUUCGUGGAGAAGUCUGGCCAUUUCUGUUACAAUUUUAUAGUUGUGAAUCGACAUCAGAAGAAAGAGAAUCUCUGCGGAUUCAGAAACGUACAGAGUAUGAAGAAAUUCAGAAUAAAAGAUUAUCUAUGACUUCAGAGGAACAAGAAGAAUUUUGGCGAAAAAUUCAAUUCACUGUUGAUAAAGAUGUAGUUCGGACUGAUCGAUCCAAACAGUUCUUCAAAGGGGAAAACAACCCCAAUGUGGAAGCUAUGAGAAAUAUUUUGCUGAACUAUGCAGUUUAUAACCCUGAGAUAGGGUAUUCUCAAGGAAUGUCAGAUCUGGUGGCUCCAAUCUUGUCAGAAGUCAGGGACAAGUCCGACACUUUUUGGUGUUUUGUUGGACUAAUGCAGAAUACAAUUUUCAUCAGCUCACCGCGUGAUGAUGAUAUGGAAAGACAACUGCUAUACCUAAGAGAGUUACUGAGAUUGAUGCACCCCCGUUUUUACCAGCACUUGGUGUCACUGGGUGAGGAUGGACUCCAGAUGCUAUUCUGCCAUCGAUGGAUUCUUCUCUGUUUUAAACGCGAGUUUCCUGAAGCAGAGGCGCUUCGCAUUUGGGAGGCAUGUUGGGCUCAUUACCAGACUGACUACUUUCACCUGUUUGUUUGUGUGGCCAUUGUUGUGAUUUAUGGGGAUGACGUGAUUGAACAGCAGUUAGCAACAGACCAGAUGCUCCUUCAUUUCAGCAACUUGGCCAUGCAUAUGAGUGGGGAAAUUGUUUUAAGGAAGGCACGGAGCCUUUUAUACCAAUUUCGUCUCUUGCCCAGAAUCCCCUGCAGUCUACAUGACUUGUGCAAGCUGUGUGGGACCGGAAUGUGGGACAGUGGAUACAUCCCUGCUGUGGAGUGUACAUUGAAUCACAUGGAUUUUGAUGACUGCCCAUAUGGAGGGACCUCUGCUACACCAUCUCCAAAAUCAGCACAAGAAGGCAAAAGAGGGGCAAAAGAUGUUUUCACUUUCCUGAGAUAGUCCAUAAUCAUAUUUUAUGCCGAAAUCUCCAGUCAUUUGCUAAGAGAUAAUGGGAACUGCAGAUGCUGGAGAAUCCAAGAUAACAAAG